AUUUAAUAUGUAUGCAAAGUCGAUAUCCAAGCCGAAGCCUGAGAUAAACUUGAGCUGAUUUUCAUUCCUUUUCUCAGAGAUCUUCCAAUACCUUAGUAAAAAUGACAAAGAAAAAGAUAUUGAACAGAGCUUAAUUGACUUUGCAAAUCCCAUUGGUGAGAGAGUCCUCGAAUUAGCAAUGUAUCGGGAAAAGACAAAAGGAAAGAGAUAUACAAAUAUUGUAGAUGUCCUCCAUUUUAUUAGAGGUCCAGUUUGGAAACUCCUCUUUGGGAAAAUGGCAGAGGAUCUACAGCAAAGCUCAGAAGACGAAGACGUUUAUUUCAUCAAAGAUUUAUGACCAAUAACAAAUAAAUACACCUGAACUAGGGAUUCGAUCAAUUGAGCUGCCUUCAUUGCAGGAAUAAUUGAAGGAGUUUUAUGAUCAAUAGAUUUCCCAGCAAAAGUAGUUCCCCACUUCGCUGAGGAUGAUGAUGAGUUCACAGACUCAACUCUGUUUCAGAUCAAGUUUACCAAAGGGGCUCUUGAAUAUGAGGCUAGGUAUUCAGGAGACUCAUAAUAUCAUGACAAUCUCCAUUAUGAUUUAAGUAGCAAGGUUCAAUG